UGUCAGAGGAAGAUCAGGUUGAAAGAGCAGGUCUUAAGGCGUUGCUCUUUUCAGCCAGUAACCCAUUGCAUUUUCGAGUUGGAUGGCUUGCUGAUAGACAGCGAACGUUUAAGAGCUGAAACUGUCCAGAAGAUCUUGGAUCCCUAUGGUCAUACCUAUGGCUUCGAUCUGAAGAUGAGGUGCAUGGGAAAACCUGAAUCUGAACAGGCGGCCCUUAUAGUAAAGACCCUUAAUCUUCCCAUCAGUUUAACAGAGUUUGAGAAUCAGCAGGAGCUCGAGUGCCGCAGUAAAUUGGGUUUCAUAAGAUUAUUGCCGGGUGUGGAGCGUCUCCUGAAUCAUCUCAAUGAGUUCCAUAUCCCGAUGGCAAUUGGAAGUGGCAGCUGUCGGGACUCGUUUAGGAUCAAGACACGACGGCACUCAAAGCUCUUCGAUGUCUUCCAUCAUGUGGUUUUGAGUGGUUCCGACGAGGAGGUCAAAGCGGCGAAACCCGCUCCGGACAUUUUCCUUACCACCGCCUCACGUUUCAAGGACUCUCCUGAGCCCAGAAAGUGUUUGGUUUUCGAGUCUUCAUUAGUCGGUAUGGAGGCUGCUCUGGCGGCUGGAAUGCAAGUGGUUCUUGUUACCGAUCCUCUGGUCUCCAUUCGAGCAAGUGCUCCGGCGACUUUAAGACUGCGAUCAUUGGAGUUCUUUAAGCCGCAAUAUUUUGGUCUGCCACCUUUGUAAGAUAUAUGUGUUUUCUGGUGGUUAAGCUUU